GGAGGCCAAAAGUUAGCCACUCCCGCUUUACAUAAUUUCAAGUGCUUUCUUGUAUUUUGUCUCAGCAAUUAUUUCAGCAGCCUUAUUGGUAGUGUAGUGAAGGCUCCCAUCUUGGAUGGCUUUAAAAGCAGAUUAGAAAAAUUCAUGGAGAAGAAGGCUAUCAGUGGCUACUAGCCCCAAUGGCUGUGUCUCCUUAUGCUCUCAAAUGCAAUAUAGACUAGGGUCCGGAUGGCCUGGGUUCAAAGCUCCGACACAGCAACAACAAAGCUUACUGGUUGAUUGGAUGGCAAUCAUUAUUUUUCUCUCAGCCUAAGCAACCUCACAAGGCUGUUGUUGUGAGUGUGAAGCUGGAACAAAAAUAUAAUUAAUAAAUGGAUUCGCUCACACCCUGCCUUACAGGCGGUAGAUAAGAAAUGGAGGUAACGGGACCAUUUUGUGCUUCCCACUGGCGGCAAAGAGAGCCUAAGCACGAACAAACCCAUGGCCGAGGUGUCGCUAGAGGCUUGGGGGUGGCUUUCAAACAUGCCUUGACAGGCCUUCAGCCUCAGAAAGGUGAAUGGGCGCCAGAGGCCUAGUUGGUAUGUUUGUUUAUCUCAGCGUUUAAAGCAACAACAAAAGGUCAGAGUCCGUUGCCGUGGGAGAUGCUUUUUUUUUUUUAAGCCUCCCACAGCCUUCCCACUGUCCAGCCGAGACAGGCCUAUUUACUUGUCAACUUCAGUUAUUUAAUUCAUUUCACCACUGUUGAAGAAAUAGGCCCAACUCAAAACGUGCAGACCCAGCAACUCAGGGGAUGCUGAAUUAAGAGGAAAGGAGAUGCAUUUGCAACUCUUGCUUGUGCAAAAUACACGUUGGGUCACAGUGGGUGGCUUCUGGGUUCCUGGACCUCUUGCAAGAUCUUACCAGAAGCCAGAAGCCACAGCCCCACAACCAUGAUAAGUAAGGCUUUGGUUGCAGGGCAGGGACAGCAACUUCCCGUUUUGCCUUGGGUGGCAAAACAGGAUGGGCUGCCCCUGGGCUCUUGUCUAUUUUAACUUGAGCGCCUUUAUGUUUACCCUGGCAAAACAAUCCUAUUGACACAAGCCUUGGGCAGCAAAUUCCUGUCACUAACAACAGAGCCCUGGGAAACUUAUCUCAGUGGUAUAUUUGAAGGGAAACAGGAUAAUACUCUAGGUCUCUCUAUAGAGCAGUUUGCAAACCAGGGGAAAAAGAGAACAACCUGGGCAACUUUGAUCACAGGGGGAAAGGAUGGAUUAUACCUUGGAAGACACACAACGGAAGGAGAAACUUCUGAGGACUGUUUAUGCCCUCCAAGUUAAAUCAGAUGCCACAUUUCAGAAAGCCAGCCCUCUUCUGAACAGCCACCCUGGUACAGGCAUGGUGACAGAACACCAAGUGCACCAACUGGCCGAGAAAGCCAAGGUCAUCUGCCAUGACCUGGACAAUAUCAAAAACUCCCUUUACUACCGGCAAGAUGAACUGGUGCAGCAGAUCCCAAACCCCAACGGCAACCAUUAUGGAGGUGUGUGUGGAAUUCACUGCUCGCUCGAUGGCCUUAUCUACAUGACUAGUGAAAAUGCACCAAGGGUCCACUUCCUCAACCGCUCAGGCCAAACUUUUCAGUCUAUACCAUGUGUGGAAUGGAAGAAGAAUGAGACUUUUUUGCCAGAGGACGUGACCGUGACCAGGGCAGGGAUGGUGGCAAUUACAGACCUGGUCAAUGGGACUGUCCGCAUCUUCAACAACCACUCCAAGUUCUCCAAGGGAGAAUGGCUAAGAAUUGGGAAGUUUUGUUCCCCCAGGGGAAUUGGAGUGGAUACAUCUGGAAAGAUUCUGGUGGCUGACUACACGGAAGGAAAAGUUCAUAGCUUUGCCCUUGACCGUGCUUUCAAGGUGCAAAGCACCCACUCUGUCUCCAACCUGCGUGGGCCACGUUACGUGUGCUUGGCCCCGGAAGGAGGGUUUGUGGUGAGUGAAGAAUGUGGUGAUGUCAAGCUCUUCAGUAGCAACCACAAACUGGUCUCUUCCAUCAGCAGCAAAUAUGGCCACUGCUUUGGCAAUCCCUCCGGGGUCUGUGCUGAUAGAGAAGGCAACAUCAUUGUGGCUGAUGAACAGCACCAGAAAGUCCACUUGUUUCCCAGGAGUGGGUCUCCCAUCUGCCUGGUAUCUAAAGGGCUGCAGAGACCAAUGGGAAUAGCUUGUUCCACCCAGGGGUUGCUGUUAGUUGCCGAUAGUGGAGAUAACUAUGUCAAAGUCUUCAAGUACCGUGUGAGACCCCAUUACAGCUCUGACAAUCUUUGUAUACCCAGUGACAGUCCAAACCUAGAGUCCAAACCUAGAGGGACAGUCCAAACCUAG